UUUUUCACUGCAAAAUCACUAAAUGAGUGUUAGGUUCAAGAUUAUGGGUGGUGAACAUAAGAUAAGAUAAAUGUAUGGUUCCUAAUUCCAGUGAAAGUUAGCUUUGACUGGGAUGGCAAUUCAUUAGGUGAGAACCAACAAUCAGGUGACCACCUAAGCAUCAAUCCCUUCAAUUUUCCGGCUAUUUAAAGGCCCUGCAACUGCCCCUUUCUCCCAAAGAUCAAGAAAGGUAAGCAGGGUAGAAGUGAAAAUUUUGAGGCAUUUAUCAGUCUGUGUAGUUGCUGAGAGCAAAGUACAGGACAUGGAUUGCAUAUACAAAGAUCCGAAUCAGCCCAUUGAAGUAAGAAUCAAAGACCUUCUGUCAAGGAUGACUUUGAAAGAAAAGGCUGGACAAAUGACCCAGAUCGAGCGACGUGCUGCCACUCCCUCUGUCCUUAAGGAUCUCUCCAUAGGAAGUAUACUUAGUGCUGGUGGGAGUGGACCUUUUGACAAGGCAUUAUCAGCUGAUUGGGCUGAUAUGGUGGAUGGGUUUCAGAAGUCUGCGCUCGAAUCGCGACUUGGGAUUCCCCUUCUUUACGGGAUUGAUGCUGUUCAUGGCAACAAUAGUAUCUAUGGUGCCACUAUAUUUCCCCACAAUGUUGGACUUGGAGCCACCAGAGAUGCAGAUUUGGCUCAAAGAAUUGGGGUUGCAACAGCUCUUGAAGUUAGGGCAAGUGGCAUUCACUAUACUUUUGCUCCUUGUGUGGCUGUCUGCAGAGAUCCCAGAUGGGGAAGAUGCUAUGAAAGUUACGGCUCAGACACCGACAUUGUUAGAAAGAUGACUUCUGUUAUUACAGGUUUGCAGGGAAAGCCACCCCCAGGACACCCAAAGGGCUACCCCUUUGUAGCAGGAAGACACAAUGUUGUUGCCUGCGCCAAGCAUUUUGUUGGAGAUGGAGGAACUGACAAAGGUAAAAAUGAGGGCAAUACCAUAUUGUCCUACGAAGAUUUAGAAAGGAUUCAUAUGACGCCUUAUCCAGACUGCAUUUCUCAGGGAGUUGCCACUGUCAUGGCUUCUUAUUCUAGCUGGAAUGGAACACAACUGCACGCUCAUCGUUUUCUCUUGUCAGAUGUUUUGAAAGAUAAGCUGGGCUUCAAGGGCUUUUUGAUUUCUGACUGGGAAGGACUUGACCGGCUUUCCAAACCCAAUCCUCAUGGUUCAAACUACCGCACCAGCAUAUGUACUGCUGUUAAUGCAGGCAUUGACAUGGUGAUGGUGCCUUUUAGAUAUGCCAAGUUUUUGGAGGAUUUGAUAGACUUGGUGGAAUCAGGGGAGAUACCAAUGACUAGGAUUGACGAUGCUGUGGAACGGAUCCUGAGAGUGAAAUUUGUUGCUGGGCUUUUCGAAUAUCCCUAUAGCGAUAGAUCUUUGCUAGAUACGGUUGGUUGCAAACUGCAUAGAGACCUAGCACGUGAAGCCGUUUGCAAGUCUUUAGUUCUGUUAAAGAAUGGAAAGGAUAAAAAGAAACCAUUUCUUCCGUUAGACAGAAAGGCCAAAAGAGUUCUUGUUGCUGGAUCACAUGCUGAUGAUCUUGGAUAUCAGUGUGGAGGAUGGACAGCUACUUGGCAUGGAGCCAGUGGAAGAAUAACAAUUGGCACGACAGUCUUGGACGCCAUUAGAGAAGCAGUGGGGGACAAAACAGAAGUGAUCUAUGAGCAGAACCCAUCACCAGCCACCUUUGAAGGUCAAGAUUUCUCCUAUGCCAUUGUAGUUGUGGGUGAGGAUCCAUAUGCAGAACACACCGGCGACAAUUCAGAACUCAUAAUCCCCUUUAAUGCCAAUGAUGUGAUAAGUCUAGUUGCUGACAGAAUUCCCACAUUGGUAAUUCUCAUCUCUGGAAGGCCCUUAGUUUUAGAGCCAUGGAUCUUGGAAAAGAUGGAUGCUUUGAUUGCUGCUUGGUUGCCUGGAAGUGAAGGAGGAGGAAUUACUGAUGUUGUCUUUGGGGAUUACGAUUUUGAAGGCCGCCUCCCUGUGACAUGGUUCAAAAGUGUUGAACAACUGCCAAUGCACCCUGAAGAUAAUUCAUAUGAUCCUUUGUUUCCAUUUGGUUUUGGAUUGACAUACAAUAAGAAAGGGCCUCUGAACUGAUUAGAUCAGAUGAUAAGGAUGGCCAAAGGUCUAAUUUUCUUGACCUAAUGCAGAAACAGCCUGGAUCAUUGUCUGCAUUCCUCAGUGUAAGAAUUCACCCCAUGUUGUUACUUAUUCCCUGGAAUUCCCAUGCCCACUGGUUCCUAAUUGUAAUGAUUUCAGAGGCCCAUGUCUCCUUUUUCCAGGAAGUUGAUUGAUAAUUUGUUGAAUAAGUGCAAUCAAUUUGACAAUAAUCAUCUGUCUAUUUAUGAUAUUUGGUCUGAAAAUGAUUAGAAAGAGACUGCAGAAGUUCACAGUAAAUAUUAUUAGAUAUGAUAUGUCCCUUCUGUUUAACCA